AUGGUGAGUGGUGGUAGCCAUCAUCCAGCAAAUUUUCUUCUAAUCAAACAAGAUGACAAAUUCUUUUCAAGACUUUUGUCUAAGGAAAAUACAGCAAGAGGUGAGUCUUCUUUUAGGUAUUAUUACUGUGGUGGAUCCUCUGGUUCAAUUCCAUUUGUUUGGGAAUCUCAACCUGGUACUCCUAAACAUAAAUUUUCAGAUACUUCUCUUCCUCCACUUACUCCUCCACCUUCUUAUCAAACCAAUGCCCACUUGAAAUCUUUGCAAAAACAAUCAAAACCUAAUUUUUUCCUCUCCAUUUUCCCUAAGAUUUCCUCUAAAAGAAUCACUUUUUCACCUUCACUCACUUCCCCUUCUGUUUCAUCGUCUUGUUCAUCGUCGUUUUCGAUGUCUUCCAUUCCAAUCACUGGUUAUAAUCCCAACACAAGGAACUACCGUUCGAGAUCAGAAAUUGAGGAGUAUGAUCAUGAGAAACUGCAGAUCCCUACUUCACCAACUUCAACGCUCUGUUUUGGCUGUGGAAUGGGGAAUUCAAAGCGUUUUCGAGUCAAUUACCCGGCGAAGAAGAAUGUGAAGAAGGCGUUUUCGUCCUUUGUUAGCAAUGGCGCAGCUUCUUGA